CCUCGCCCCCCUUCUUCUUCUUCUACUCCUACAAACUCGAGUGAACGCACGGGGCUCUAGAGAUGACUACCACGUGAAAAGAACAGGCCCUCCUCUGGCAUCUGCUCUAGGAAAAGCACUACGUGGUGCGACGACGACGACGACGACGAUGGCGAGGCUGCUGCUCGGGGUCUCGCUCCUGGCCAUGGCGCUCGGGCUCGGCUGCUGCGCUUCCAUCGCCCCGGCCCCUGAGCCCUCCGACUCCGCCUCCGAGCCCUCCGUCUCAGACGACGUGCGUGCGCUCCUCGCCUUCAAGCGAGCCAUCGACGACCCUCGCGCCGAGCUCUCCAACUGGAACACCAGCGAACCGGAUCACUGCUGGUGGUCCGGCGUCUGGUGCUCGCUCUCCGACGGCCGUGUGGUGGCUCUGGAGUUGUCAAACUCAUCUCUCUCGGGGUUCCUCGCACCAGAGAUUGGAUCCUUGACUUCUCUGCAAAAACUCAUAUUGGAUCACAAUGCAUUCACGGGCUCGAUACCGAGAGAAAUCGGCAAGCUAAAGAACCUCACAGUGCUGAAUCUCAGCACAAAUCAACUGGAGGGGCCCAUUCCAAGUGAGGCCGGUGACAUGCAAAACAUCACAACAAUAGACCUUCACGCGAAUCGGUUGAGUGGCGCUAUCCCUCCUGAGCUCGGCAAUCUGACAAACCUCAAGGAGCUACGGUUGAGCAAUAACAGCCUCACAGGGACUAUUCCUGGAAGCAAUGAUUCCAUCGUGGUGUCCACCAAGAAAGAAGAUCAGGUUGGUUUGUGUCAGUUAGCUCAGCUAACUGAUAUAGACCUCUCAAAUAACCUUUUAGCUGGAAGUAUUCCUGCGUGCUUGGGGCAUAUCCAAAGAUCAAGCAUGGUAGGAAAUUGCUUCCACAACAAUGACACAAGGAACCGUCCUGACUGGGAAUGUGGAAACAGCAUGGAUGCAGGCAAGGACAAUAACAACACCAGUAUUGGUGAAGAUGGGCAGAGAGGAAGAGUGAUACAGCCACUGUGGCUCCUCAUCGUGGAAGUCGUCACAGGAGUUUCAGUGCUCUCCAUCUUAACGCUCUGUGCCAUCGCUGGCCUCAGAAGACGCAAAGAUAGGUCCUCCAGGAGAGGUGUUCCAUGGACAAGAGCGCUAAGCUGGAAGGAAAACAACGUGAUCUCAAUUGAUGAUGACCUGCUGGGGAAUGUGCCGAAAAUAAGCCGGCAGGAGCUCGCCGAGGCCUGCGAAGACUUCAGCAACAUAAUUGGGUCUUCCCAGGAGACGGUGGUGUACAAGGGGACCAUGAAGGACGGCCGGGAGAUCGCCGUCGUGUCGAUGUCCGCUUCGGUGCACUACUGGACGAACUACGUCGAGCUUUACUUUCAGAAGGAGGUGGUAGAAGUGGCCAGAUUGAGCCACGAAAAUGCCGGGAAGAUGGUGGGAUACUGCAAGUCGUCCGAUCCCUUCUCGAGAAUGGUGGUCUUCGAGUACCCGUCGAACGGGACGCUCUACGAGCAUCUCCACGAUGUGGAAGGGUGUCAGCUAUCCUGGCCGAGGCGGAUGAAGAUAGCGCUGAGCAUCGCGCGCGUGCUCAGACACCUGCACACCGAGCUGCAGCCGCCGUUCGCCGUCGCCGCGCUGGCGUCCAGCUCCGUCUAUCUGACGGAAGACUUCUCGCCCAAGAUAAUUGACUUCGAGAGGUGGAGGGGUCUCGUCGGCAAACCCCUCCUGAGCUCCGGCUGCGUGGUGAACGGCGGCGGCGGGCAUUCCAACGGCGUCGUGGACUCCCGGCACGUGCGCUUCAUGGACGUCCAGGCCAACACCUUCGCCUUCGGCGUGAUUCUCCUGGAGCUGAUCAGCGGCAGAGCCUCGCUCUCCAAGGACACAGACGACCUGGUGAACUGGGCGAGGAAGCACUUGGAGCAGGCGGGGGAGUUUGGCAAGCUGGUGGACCCGAAGCUGAGGAGCGUGGGCCAGGAGAGCCUGGGCAUCAUCUGCAACGUGGUGAACCUGUGCAUCGACGCCGAGCCGUCGCGGAGGCCCUCCAUGAACAUGAUCGGGGCCAUCCUCGAGGAAGGCGUCGACACGUCCGUCAGGGACUCCUCACUGGCCUGGGCGGAGGCGGCCAUCUCCUAGAUGACCCUUGUUUGCUUCGCUGCUGUCGUGUGUGUGUGUUGUGUGUGUUUUGACGGGCGCUGCUGUCGUGUGUUCAUAACUUCAUAUAGACCGCAGCUGCUCAGUGAUUAAUUUGCCUACGAAGAAGAUUGAUUUUUGAUCCAUGUCCACAAGAACAGCGCUAGCAUAAUGGAGCAGUUGGUAGUCUUGCUUUCA